CAAACUUCCUCGGCGACUUGUGUCUGCACGAAGUGGAGAGCACUUUUUUUGGAAGUGAGUACGACGUUUUGUCCACCGGCGAGCAGCGAAAAAGCGAAGGAUUUGAUGCUUCGGAAGCGAGUUUCACAGCGACCGUUUUGGCAAAAUUUCAGAACACGACAGCACCAGCAGAUAAUGUGUCGAGCGGGAAAGAUAAAGAAGAAAGCCGUCCCUCGUUCUUUCCCUCCCCACCAGACCAAGGUGAGAAAAAGCGAGAAAACGAGCGUUUGGCCUGGAAGGCGCGGAUACAGGCGGAGAUUGCGCAGGAUCCCAAAGCGAUAGAAGUGUACUGCCGCGAUUUUUUUUACAACAAUCGGUUUCGCACAAAUCACCCCAAGCACUUUGCCAGAACCGCAAGCCCCGCGAUCGCGGGCUUUUUGACGGAGUUCCUGCACUUGGAGGAGGAAGAUGAAAACCACCUUGCGGUUAGAACAAAGGCACAAGCAGCUACCUCUUCCUCGAAGCACAAAACUUCCAGCCUUGUCGACACCCUUCCGCCUGGCAGUUUCGAUCCCUACUACGCCCACCCGGUGGCCGUGGCGAUGGACAUGUUUUUCAACCGGACAAGUUCGGACAGGCGCAAGCUGUACCACGAAGUUGGGGUGAAUGUCUACGCCACCGAUGUGCCGUUUGUGUUACACAAGCGGAUUUCGGCUCCACGAAUGAAGACCAUCCACAGCAGUGAGAAGAAGGUGGAUCCGAGCCUGCUGCAGUUUUUGAUAGAAAAAAAGCUCGCGAAGUUUCAUGGCUUGGUUGACGGUGUUAAUGCUGACAACGCCAACGGCGACUCGGUAGGAAAACAUGCAGCUUCUGGCGAUUCCCAUUCCACAAUGACCACUGCUUUUACGUCGCCACAAGAAAUAAACACGGACAGCCGAGCGACCCGCUCAUCCCCCGACCAUCGCCCGCGUUCCGAGGAAAGCAGCAGUACCUCUUUGAGCGCCGAGGAAGAAGAAGAGCGCGAGUUUUUUUCUGACGAUCCUGACGAGGAGGAUCUGCGAGACGGAACUACUCCCGAACAGCCUCCGCAACGCCCUGGACAGAACAGCCAGGAUAGAAAUGCAAAUACGGGUGAUUCAGAUUCAGUCGCUUUACCGGGAAGGAGUAAAGAAACAAGCUCAAAAAUCGCAGCUGCGCCACCCUCCCAACGGCACUUCGAGUUGUUCCAGCGCGCUCUCCCGACCUGGCAAACCGCGAAGCCGUACUUUGAGAACCGGGUGUACGUGAAAAAACCGUGCUAUGGAAGUGUCAGGUUUGAAAUCGACAAAGUUGAAAUAAUUUCUCAUGCAUAAAUUGCAAGGCAUGAAGUGCCUCUCUUGCAGGGAUGGCAAGUGAGGCCGAUCGUCAGCCUGUUUGGGGUCUGCGGGAGAGCUGCUAAAGUAGCAUGGCAAAAGCCUUCUUCUGUUCCUAAACAGCAUGACAGCCUGGAUUUAGACGGUGCCAAAAUUUGUCAUGCACCGCUCGGAAAUUGGACUUCCAACUGGUAUCGAUUUUCUGCAUUUCAACUUUGACGAUUUCAAGCCUGACACUUGCAUACGUGCGUGCAACCGGUGAUCGAGAACGCGUGUCUUCAUUUUGACCACGUGUACACCGAUUCUCUUCCGGAAAACACGCUUCUGCCCUCCUGCGCGGAACUGCGCCAGCGCGCCUAUGUGCGCACGAAACGGUUUCCGAGAAGUAAGAACGCGGAAAAAUCUAAAUCAUCGUCGAGAAGUGGUGAUGGGAAUAAAGUUUUUUCGUUUGAAGAUUUCCCGCCUUACAAAACCUCCAGCGGCACCAGCAGAGAAACGAUCGGGAUUGUCACCAACAUGAACCUGCCGGCCAACGUUGGGCACGACAUGACAUGGUAUGUGCCCCUGGCAGAGACGGUGAAGAAAGUGCAAAAACAGGCGAAAGAGUCUGAGAAGCCGGUAGACAUUGAGAUCCAGCUCUUCUACCAUUACCACUACGGGAAUUCGCUGAGCAAGAUUUGGCAGCGCACGGUACAGACCGUCGGGAAUUACAGCGAAGCAGUGGACGACGCUGGGGAGGAGGUUGCACUUGGCAUAGAAGAACAGGCCGCGCAGACCUUGGAAAAGCUGGAAGAAGUCGCUGGGGCGGAAAUAAAAGCGUCGAGCAGUCCUCCGGAGCUGCUGUCAGAAACUGUGAAGCACCAGAUCAUUCCGAAAUUCGCAAAUUUCGUCGAGACCGAAGUGCUACCAAGAAUCGCUUCCGGGGAGAGAAACGCGUUUUACUAUGAGGAUUUGUUCAAAAACUUUCUCCAAGACGUGCCCGUGCACCACAGCCUCCACUCCGUCUCCGAAAUGCGGUGCUACCACAAACUGGUUUGGGGCCGCGGACCCCUGUACAACAUGCGACACGCGGUGCAGGCGGGAGUGGUGGCGGUUGGAGGAGAGGGCGAUAUUAGAAUCAGCGGAAAGAUGUUGAACAGCGGAGACGAAAUAAAGCCAUUCAUCUUCGCAGCAACUGAUCUUCCGCACGACCAGGAGCAUUUAUCUGCAGAGGUAGCGACGGCACAAUCUACUUCCGCGCUUGCAACAAGCAGCUUCAAUAGCCCGUAUUUCCUUGACAACCGCAGCACCACUGUUGCGCGGUUUUACCCCGGAUUCGAACAAACAACUUCAGCGGCUGCUCCAGGCGGAGCAGACACUAGAGAAAUAAAGAAGCACAACGACGAGAAUAAAGACCAAUCGCCCUUCUUCCCUUCCAACCUGAUCUCCUUUUCCCGCGAGAACGGAGACUAUUUCGUUGCCGAGUACCGUGACUACCUGCAAAACUGGGAGUGGAACCCGACCGACCGCAGAGUCGCGGCCGUGCGCGAGAAACAACCGCUCCUGUGGCAGGCCUCGGUUUGCCCUGUGGACGAGGAAAAGAACCUGGAGACCAAUCCGAUUGCGCUGGAGGACGCGAAUAUCGGCGAGUACGACCAGGAAGUCCUCCACUCAUUCGGGUUUCUCGGGCUCCCACCCAGACCGCUCGUGGAUCCGGAUAUGAGUGUCCAAAGGGAGUUGGUCGACUCCGAGGCGAAUCCGCGCGGCAUGCUGCAGGACGACGAACAAAACAUGCAGUUGGGCGUGCCGAAGUGCAUCCCGGUCCAGACGGACAAUACGACUUCGUGGAGCUCCCUGGUGGGCGAUUUGGACCGAAAAGUGGAUGAACUCGCGGUGGCGAGACGGGUGACGGAGAAAGCGACGUACUACGUGCGCAGCAUGCAGUAUCCCACGAAAAAAGUGUUACAGUUACACAUUUGUUGGAGUUUCUGCGUCACAAAUUUUCUCUGUGUGGCAGAGAAAACUUGUAAUGCGAAGAUCAUCAGGGAAAUCAGGAAGGAAACCAGGCUCCCAAGCAUCUCCUGCAUGAGAAAGGUUGUCUGUGUUGCCGGUCUUGCAGCACACUGUGUAACUGUAGCACUUUUUUCUUGCGAUAUGCAGACCUCGCAGUCGAAGAAAACGACGCACAUGAUGUACGUGCACCCAUUGCACCAGGAGCCCGUGUAUCCUGUGUAAAAAGGUCCCCACGUCGACCCCAGAGUUGUCAUGCAGAUUUGCAAUGACAGGCUCGCUUGUAAUGCGCUCUCCCAUGACAGGCAUUGCCAAUCGUGUUUUGCCAUUUGUAAUGCUGCAAACAGGAUCAGCAGACGGAUUUGUGAUGCGGAUGUCCUUGCUGACAUGCACUAAUACACUGCGAACUGCAACUUGUCAUGCGUGGCUCCCAAAACUUGCGGAUUUGUGUUGUUAAGUGUCCAACUUCACUAUGGGGUGGGCACGUUUUUACAUAUGAUACCGUGCUGCGGGCCCUCGGCCGGCAAACCCGGCCGAAGGCGCUGCUGUUCGACCGGCCCGGGGGCUAUCCGCGGAGAAUUUUGAACUUGGAGGAGCUCGCGCGGUUUUUACUCGCGAAGUUUUCCACCGUGUUCGACUGGCACAUCGUCGCGGGCCUGGAGCAGUUCAGCGGCGCGGACCAGAUGCGGCUGUUCGCGCAGUCCUCGUUGGUUGUCGGCGCAGUGGGCACCAGCAUGCACUUUCUGCUCGCGAUGGAGGACGCGAGGAAGAGAAAUUCCCAGGGGACCACGAAAAAGCAUGAGAAAGACGAAGCUGUUGAAGGCAGUUCAGGUCAUCGUCUUCUUUCAUCGGACAGCAGCAGCAUAUUAAACAGGAACAAAUCUAGUUCUUCUACUUCCACCUCGGUCGACCAAACGUACGACCGGUUUUUCGAACGCAAUGCGCACCUGCACGAAAAGAUCCGACCGACCGUCAUUGAGUAUGCCCCUUUGAAGUACAAGCCGCACGAUUUAGAGCAUUACGAGUGCACGGACAAUUUUUUCCUUGACAAGUACGGGUGGGUAGGCGGCCAAGCGAGGCAGCAGCAAAUCCGGCACAUCUGCUUGCGUGCGCGAGCGCUGUUCGAGCACGACACGUUCGCGCGCCAGGACGCCUUUGGGUUUACGGUGGCCGCCGCGCGGUCGCAGUGGCGCGCGGCGCACUUGAAAGUUCUGAAUUUCACACAGUUGGAGGAAAUCAUUGAAAAUGUGGUUUUAGCAGAUGUGGACGCGUCUGUGAAGAGGGAACUCAAGAUCGGACAAGGAUUGCUCGGCGAUAGCGAAGAAUUUGCUGCGGCCACCAGCAGCCUCAGUUCUUACUCAUCAAUCGGAGAAGUCGUGUGACAGGAACAGGACUGGG